UAUUUUAUAGAUCACAAUGGCCAAGUCCAAGAACCACACUAACCACAACCAAAACAAGAAGGCUCACCGUAACGGUAUUAAGAAGCCCGCUGCCCACAAGUAUCGUUCUCAAAAGGGUUUGGAUGCCAAGUUCCUUCGUAACCAACGUUUCGCUAAGAAGGGUACUCAAAGAGCUCUUGCUGCUGCUGCCAAGAACUAAAUAAAAGUGCACCAUUUUUCUUUUUAUUUUCUUUUUUUUUGGAAUCGUUAAGAAAAGAAUACAAGAAAGUCAAAUUUCUAAAGUAAAUCAUUAGUUUGAAUGAAAUCAUCAAUUUUAACGAUCAACAAAACAAAAAAAAAAAUAAAAGGAUUGGACUUUGUACAUUUUUUGAUCUUUAUGAAAC